GAUGAAUACAAAAGGCCAGGGCGUGGCCGGAUUUGGUUAAGGAUUAUAAGUAUCUGUUCGUGGGAAGUCACCGCAUACUGGCAUACUGUACGACAUGGGAAGGAACCUGGUAUAUCCGAAGCAUGCUGCGAACACUGUUAAUCGGGAAAAGCAGCGAGCGACAUAUGACCUGGGUGUGAUUCAUUCUAUCAUCAACUCCUCCCCGGUCCUCCAUGUGUCUUUUAGUCCAGGGCCCUCCGAGCCCUUUCCCGCAACUUUACCCAUGAUCGGACAGAUGGGUUCAUUCGACUAUCCAUCAGCCGGUAUCGACGAGCCUUUAGACUGCUACGUCCAUGGCUAUGUCAGUUCACGGAUCGUGAACCUAGCACGCGCGUCUAAGGGAGAGGGACUUCCUGUCUGCGUGGCAGCUAGCAAAAUCGAUGGGCUCGUCCUAUCAUUGACCCCGUUCUCCCACAGUUAUAACUAUCGUUCUGCCAUCCUGCACGGAUACGCCACCCUUGUCACUGACGAGCAAGAAAGGCUCUGGGCGAUGGAGCUGAUAACAAACUCAGUAGUCCCAGACCGUUGGAAGAAUACACGGGUGCCACCGACCCCUGCCGAGAUGUCUUCCACCUCUAUCCUCAAGAUCAAAGUCGUCGAUGGCAGCGGUAAGAUUCGAGACGGAGGCCCGUCCGACGAACGUGUGGACAAGAGCAAUGAAGAGUUGUCAAAUCGUGUCUGGACGGGGGUAGUCCCUGUUUGGGAGACCCUUGGACAACCCAUCGCGGCUCCUGAAAACAAGGUAGCUGAGGUUCCAGAGCAUAUCAGCUCGCAUGUCUCCCGUAUGAAUGAACACAACCAGGCCUAUGCGGUGGAUGCAGCUGUCCGGUCGAAAAAAUAAGAAUGUGCGAUGCGAGAAACCACUCCGCAUGUGGUUUUUCAAGCAUUUAUGGAGUAUCCGAGUACAGCUGUUUAGAUCAAUAAUAUUAGAAUAGUUAACUAGCCGGGUUUAUAUUAUAGCGACGGAUUAUAG